GAAAGAAAGAUAUCGAAUAUCGGAAUGGUGAACGAAAAAGAAUUUUGGACGGAGGUGCGAAAAGAUAUACCACGAUACAAAAAGAGAAAACCACGAGUAGUUCCAGCCUUUACUAUUCAAGCAUUGCAGGAAAACACUGUCGUCGCGAAUCCUCCAAGAGUUGGAUUAUACAAACCUCGUCCGCCGAAACCGUCAACUUUCAGAAAGUUUUAUAAGCGUGGCGUAUUUCCUAUCUCUUUGGAGAACGACGGCUAUAAUCAGAAAAUUAAUUGGAAGGUAGAUAUAGAAGAUUUGGAUUUCCACCAUUAUUUGCCAAUGUUCUUCGAUGGAUUGACAGAAACCGAACAACCAUAUAAGUUUCUGGUAGAGCAGGGAAUAUCAGAUAUGUUAGAGCAUGGUGGGCCAAAAAUAUUGCCCGUUGUUCCUCAAUUGAUUAUUCCCAUUAAGAAUGCUUUGAAUACAAGAAUGCCCGAGAUAAUCUGUACUACCAUGAAAGCGCUUCAACGUUUAGUGCAAUCAGCUGAUUGCGUCGGUGAAGCUUUAGUUCCGUAUUUUAGACAAAUCUUGCCUAUCCCAAACUUACUUAAAGACAGAAAUGUAAACCUUGGAGAAGGCAUCGAUUAUUCUCAGCAAAGAGGAGAGAACGCAGCGGAUAUUAUACAAGAGACGCUCGAAAUUUUAGAAAGAUACGGUGGUGAAGAUGCCUUCAUAAAUAUUAAAUACAUGGUUCCCACUUAUGAAUCCUGUAUGAUGAAUUAAUAGGUAGAAAAUAACAUUGUAAUAUUUUUAAAAGAUUUAUUCUUUAUUCAUAAAAAUGUAACCAUUACAAAAUCAAAAAUGCAUGCAUAAUAUAACAAAGUUAUACACAAUAUAAAGAUAUGUAGCGAAAAUUAUAUAUUUGUGUGUGUGUGUGUAUACACACACAUACAUAUACAUAUACUUACAUAACAAGCAUUAUAUAUUAUGAAAGUAUUAUAUCAAUUAUUUGUAAUUUGACACUAAUGAUAUUAACAUCAAAUGUAAAUAAUUUAUCUUUUAAAAGUUUUAUCUUUAUAAAAAAAUGAAAUAGAAAAAGUAAAAUAAAAAC